UGCUGACGUCACGUGCCGAAAGAAGACAAAAGUUAUAUUACAAAUCAACUUCUUACCAAAAAGGGAAUAUCUUUUAACUUUCUCUAUUACUAUUACCGUUUUUUUCUACAGUUGAGCCAUCCUGACAGGUCAGGUUCCCAGCUUCAGUUUUUUUUUCUCCAGUUCUAACUUGCUCAGCCGGCGAAAAUCCAGACUAAAAAUGGAGCCCAAACAGGAAGACCUCCCAGCCUCCGAUAUUAUUCCCCUCGCCUUGCCCAAAGGAACAGAAAAGUUGUGUGAACUUUGUCAAAAACGAGCUUACUUGCAGUGCGCCAGGUGUCGAGUGACCUUUUACUGUGACAAAGAGCACCAGCAAUCUGACUGGAAAGGGAUCCAUGAGAGGAUUUGCCAGUUGCUCAUUCCAAUUCGCUCCGCCUCACUCUUUAGUAUGCAACGGGCCGGCCGCAUAGAAAAUCUACUUAAAACGAAAGAGCUGAUUGAAAUCUGCAGGUUGGUAGCAGAGAGCAAGCUCUCUGAGGGGAAGUAUCAGGAGGCAGUGCCUGCUGCCCAGGCGUGUCUCCGCUGUUCAGUAGACGUAUAUGGGCCCAACACGGUCCAGCUGGUUCCCGCCUAUCUCCUACUGGCUGAUGCUAACAUGGGCAUGGGUAACCUGGCACUGGUGGUGGAGCUUCUGUCCCAGGCGGAGUGGGCGGUACUGAAGAGUCCAGAAUGUGGACAUGCAGUCCACCAUCGACUUCACAGGAGCAUGGGCUGCCUCCACACUGCUACUGAAAAUUUCAAUACAGCUCUUUUUCACUUUGCAAAUGACGUAUAUUUUGCCAGUGAGGAAUAUGGAAUGGAGAGCACUGUGACAUGUGGAGGUUACUUCCUCAUGGCUGAUGUAUUUGCUAAGCAGGGGAAGCAAUCUGUAGUUCAUUCUCUAUACAAAGAGGUGGCAGAGACUUGGCAUACUCAUCUAGGCAAACUCCUCGGGGAACACAUCCAAAAUCUACAAAAGAACCCUGGCAUGUUGGAGCCAGCCUUUGACAAAGGUCAGCAAGUGGAAGUGGACAAGAUGCUGAGAACCAUUUUGGAGUUUGAGCAGGACGACUCCCGAAAGGAACCCGCGCAGAUAGCUCUGGUGGCUCACGCCUUGGCCAUGCUCUCCUUCCUCGGAGGGGACUCUUCCAAGACACUGGGAUUUGGACGCACAGCACUGCAAGCAAGCCAGCUGAUACCAAACCAUGACCUGACAGAGCCCAUCCGGGCGCUGCUACAGCUGGUGAGCACAGAUCCACAGCUCACUUCUGGAGAGGGAGAGGAACCACACCAUCUUCCCACAAAUUAAACGAACAUUCACUUUGCGGGGGUCGCAGUCAGUUUGCGCGCUAUACAGUAUUUUGCCAUGUUAAAAUGUGACAAGAUUUCUCAUUCAGGAAAAAUAAUGUGAACUAGGUCAAGAUGAUAAUAAAUAAUUUAAUCACACAAUAAAUAGAAAAUGAAGUUGAUCAUUUACAUUACAUUGCAUUGCACAAGCGUCUAGUUUCCUUGUCUCAAUGCACUCAACGUUCACUCUGUGCAUUGGUUUCAGCACCUUGGUGCAUUUGUUCCAUAGAACAAUGGCAUGAACGGAGUGAGCCCUUUUUUCAGUCAUACAGCUUUAAUGUAGUUUUUGAGGUAUAUAUAUAUAUAUAAAUAUAUAUAAAAUAUAUAUAUAUACACAUAUAUACAAGGUAUGUGUAUAUGUAUAUCUAUAUAAUGUACCUUUAUAAUCCAUUAUGCUUUUAUUUGAAAAGCACCACUCUUA